AACUCUUUAGUGCACUAGUACACAUCUGUCAAAAUUAGAGAAUGAUACCUGCUGCAAUCAGUGCAGUAUUUCGCGACUGUGUAGAGAUUGAUGAUGAAGAUGAAGAGCACGCGUACCAGCUGUAUGAUUUUGUUAAGACGGGGGACAUUGAAAAUCUCAAGAAGGUUCUGGAAUAUCCCGAGUUCCGAGCAGUAAUCAAUAUGAAGAAUCACCUUGGAUGCACCCCGUUAAGAAUUGCAGCCGCGGAGGGUCAGCUUGAGUGUUUACGCCACCUGCUGGAAUUUGGAGCAUUGGUAGACAGACCAGAUGUCAAACUUCAGACUCCAUUAUUGGUGGCGUUGAAGAAUUUCCACUUCGAUUGUGCAGAAGUGUUAUUAGAGCAAGGAGCUAACCCUAACGGGGACCCACACCAUGUCACCACACCUUUGUAUGUCAUGACAAUGCAGGGCUCAUUUAGAGGAAUGAAGUUACUGUUAGAACAUGGUGCUGACACUUCUGUAGCUAAUAACCACAUCCUACCCAUGAUGUCCCUGCACGUCCCAUUGUGUCCCAUUCAGAUUGCUCUGGCUUAUAAACAAUAUCCCUGUGUACGACUGCUGCUUAAUUACGGGUCUGAAACUGACUAUCUACCCUCGCACAGUCCCAGUAGGGAUCAGGACCACAUGAUGCUCUAUGAUCUUUGCAUCAGUAAAAUGUGCAUUUUGGUGGCAUUUCAACUUCUCUAUGAGUCUGGUACCAAUAUAUACAUACGACCAAAGGAUAGUAAACAAGCUUGGGAGCUGGAGGAGAGACCGGGUAUCAAGGGCUACCUAAAAUACAUCACAGAGAAUCCACGUAGUCUCAAGUCUGGAUGUCGCCUGUCCCUGAUGCGUCAGUAUGGCCGGAACCUGUUGGUACAGAUAGAGAAAAUGGACAUUCCUACAGUCCUUAAAUCCUACCUAAGUCUCGCUGACAUCAGAUGACAACAUCCUCUCACUUAGGAAAAAAAAAUUUAACAAUACUCUUUGUUGUAUUUGUAUACAUUUUGUAAGUUAUACAAUAAUUAAGCUGCCAUUUAUUAUUUGUUUUGAAUACCAUUUAUUAAGUUUUUAUAAGUUUUCUUGGUGUCUUAUAUAUAAUAGCCUAUAUAUUUUCAAAUAACAUUUUGCUGAGCUGAUUCUCCAUGUUAUUGCAUUUAAAUACAGUCUAGUUACUGUAUAAGCUGAUGUACUUUUAACAUCAAAUACCUGUUGUUCUACAAAUAUAUAUCAAGGGUGCUUCUGUAUUACAAAACCAAUUUUUAUAUAAAGAGAAUUAUCAGAUAUAAUUUACACCCAAGUCCUAUUUCUUUAAAAUUUGAUUUGAUUUUAGCUUCAUUGACAGUAUUACUAAUAGGUUAAGUGUACCAUUUGUACAAAUGAUUUAAGAACUACUCAUGAUAAGUCAGUUCCGGUUGAGAUUAGAACUAAGCAUGGCAAUGCAUGACCCUGCCACACACACACCUUUUUUUAGUUGAAUUUUUUGCAAAAGUUUCUUGUGUUUUUGUCAGUUAAGAUUAUUUUCAGUUAAAUUGAACAUUUACUACAGCAAGCUCCUAAAUACAAUACACCAUCUUAUAUAUCUAUAUCUACAAAAAAAUCUUCUCCGUCAUUGCAUUAAACAUAAAUUGUAUUAUCCAUACCUGUAAUGUAUAAUAAUAUUCCAGCAUUACUGAAUUACCCUUCGCCUUUAUAUGCCUGUGAUUGUGGAGUUUGAAGAAGAGAACACCCAUGUACAAACAGCAUUAUAUUGAUAGUACAUUUCUUUUGUCAAAGUGUCUCGGGGGCUCUAUAUGUUGUCGUUCUUCUUUCUGUAACAUUACUGGGAAUAAUAAUAUAUAUAUUGUCUACUUUAUAUUUAGCUUGAUAUGGUAAUAGAGGGAGAUAAACUGGAAGGUAAUUUAUAAAGGCCUGCAUGUGUAUACAUUAGACACGAUACUAUAAAACUACCUAUCUCAAUAAACAGGUGAUAAAAAGCCAGUAGUCUGUGUCAAUGAAGGGAUAUCAGGUUUGUUCAAACGAAUGGCCUUGACAUAAUUUACAGUGAUGAAAUGAUAUCUCAGUAACCAAGAGGCCAAGAGACGAAAUAGUGAGUCACCUACAUGCAAGACAGAAGAACUAAGUACCAAGUUGAAUGAAGUUUUUUUUUAAAUUUAAACAUGUUUAUUGUCAAACUUAUAGCCAAAAGUUUUCUGAGUAUAAACUUAUCUACGCAUUCUUCUGAUAUACAUUUAAAUAUAUAUUUCUGCAAUGAUAUAACAUGUAUUACAAAUGUACUAUCAGGAUCUGUUGGUGAGGUAUUACAACAUGUACGUUAACAAAAUAUUUAAUUUAUAAAGUAUGCAUGCUGUUCAGUUUUAGAAUACCCCUGCUUCCCUUGGUGCGUUAUGCGAAUGUAUUAUUGUGUGGGUAAAUAUGGUUUUUGAACAUUUGUUAAUUAUUAAAGUAAACGUGUAUUUUAA